CCGUACCAACCACCUCCGCAGGUCCGAUACCGAUACACCAGAGCAAUUAGAAGCUACUACCUUAUUGACUAUAUUGCACUCAGUUGACCUCCUCUUGCAAUUUAUCAAUCCGGGACAACAAGCUCCCACCCAUCCUCCCAAUCCACCAGCAGAAUGGGAUUCUUCUCCCGCCUCCUCACCCUAUUCGGGUUGGUCUUGCUUGCCCAUGCAGGCUACUCCGCCCACGAACACACCCUCCUCACCAGCAGCACCAGCAGCUCCCGCCUCAACCCGCUCCACUCUACCACCACCACCACCACAACAACCACGCACCUCCCGCCGGACAUCAUCAUCGAAGCCCUGGUGUCCUUGAUCGUCGUCUCCGUGGGCCUCGUCCUGGGCACCGAGAAACUCAAACCCAUCAGCUGGAGCGAAUGGGCGGGCCAGAUCGAGCGCGAGGGGAAAGGGCGCCAUCCGUAUCGGCGGUUGGAGGAGCGGUAUGGGUUCUGGGAUGUCAGGGCGAAGAGAAAGGAGUUUGCGGAUUGGAUCCGGGGCACGGACUUGGGGGAGGCGGUUGAGGCAGUUGAGAAGAAAUGAUGCCCUGUCUCUGGGUUGUUGUGGGGUGGAUGGGAU